CAACUCAAUUGUGCACGGAGCGAACUCAUUACCAAGGCGGUGGUAGAAGAAGCGGAAACAGACUCUAGUAUUUAUUUCCUAUUAUUACAAGAACCAUGGACCUCAGCAGAAGGAUACUCACCAGAAUCAAAUCUCUUUUACAUCUUUACAGCCAGCAACACCAAUUCAAAAUGCGCAAAAUAUGUCCGCAAACAUGCCAAUCUCAAACCAAAACACCACUACACACACGAUAAUUUCAUAGUAUCGAUUACGGUAGAAACCCAGAACAAAAAAACCCAAAUCCUGAAUAUAUACUCCCCAGGCCGAAGUGGCCCCUUUGCCCAAAUAGCAAAAACUAUCCAAACCCUUGAUAACUGUCUAGUAAUGGGAGACUUCAACUGCCAUCAUCAAAUGUGGUACGGAGUAACAUCACAUGAAUACAGGAACAACAUCCGAGCAGACCGUACCAACGGUGCACGGCUAAAACAAUGGAUAACUCGACAGAAGCUGACCCUCUUGAACGAACCAGGCGUCUUCACGCACUUCCCCAGAGACAGAGGAAAAAGGCCUACAAUCAUCGACCUUACAUUCGUAAAAGGCCCAAUUCUCGACCACAACCUACGAUGGAGCACUGAACCCUAUGGAGCGGGCUCAGACCACGGGAGAACCUCCGUUCACUUACACUUGGAAAAACCACCAUUCGUACCAAGACGGAUGUGGCGACAAACAGACUGGAAGCUAUUGGAGAACCACAUGUCAAAUAUUUCCAUCCCUGCAGAGGCAUGGGAAACCAAGGAACACACGGAACAAACUGUCGACUUCUUCCUAGAACUGGUCAGGGCAACAAUCAGUAUAGUAACACCACUCUCGAAGGAAGGAGUAAGAGCCAACUCCUGGUGGUCAGAGGAAAUGAAACAAAUGAAGGCAAGGGUAAACGCGGCUGUAACGGAGCCAUUUCAACUGUCUGGUGUAUGA